AUGGAAUCCCUACCUGCACUACGAAGAUCUGCUCUAGCACAGUGUAGACGCCAGUCCCGAACCACGUCCCCAAUCUACCUCGACUUUCUCGCUCCGAUAGCUCUACGAGCUCAACGCCGAAAUGCGUCCACCACUAGUCCAUCCGGCAGCUCCAAGCCCCGAUACACCCUCAGCAAAGAGCAGCGCGAGUACCUCGAUAGCUCGCUUCGAGUAAAUCAAGCCGGUGAGCUCGCCGCCACCCUCAUCUACACCGCCCAAACCCCGCAGAUCGUCCGAUCGCAUCCGCAUCUACGGCCUUUGAUGAAGCACAUGUACGACCAAGAAGCAGGGCACUUGAAGACAUUCAACAAGCUUGUCGCACAACAUCAAGUUCGACCCACUGCCAUGUAUCCUCUCUGGGAGGUUGCGGCGACAUUUCUGGGCUGGUCAACCGCCGCGCUGGGUCGCGAAGCUGCGAUGGCAUGCACCGAGGCCGUGGAGACGGAAAUUGGUUCCCAUUACAAUGAUCAGGUUCGGGAGAUCUUGUCAUGGGAGGCUGAUGCGGAGCAGCGAGGGGAGGAAUUGGAUGAUGAGUUGAAGGAAAUGCUGGCCACAUUCCGGAGGAUUCGAGAUGAAGAACUGGAGCAUUUGGAUCAUGCGGUAGCUCAUGAUUCUAAGGAAGCUAAGCCGUAUGACCCACUGGUGGAUGUGAUUCGUUUUGGUUGCCGAGCUGCUAUCAAGAUCAGUGAGAAGGUAUGA